CCUCUACCAACAUCAACAGGACGUCAGCCCCACACGCUGUUACUCCCACAUCCUCCUCCCACCCAUCCCCAUCGGGUGUUAACAUCUCCACCUCUGAGAGUCCGAUCUCCUUUCCAACGUUCACCAAUCUUUUCGAGCACCUUCAGGUGUCACUAACGAGCUCCACCCACAAGUACAGCGAGUCAGCGGAUGUCAACCCUGCAAGCCCACACCCCAACGCGUCUUCCGAAGCAAGCCUCGGAUUAGAAGACCCCGCCCUCUCCGACACCGGCUCCGUGAUGAACGAAAUAUUCAACCCCGCCGGGACUGUCAACACGUUUCAAACACUGACGGAUUCGAUCAGUUCAAAUCCCGCUCAGAGACAAAAUACACAACAGCUUGAAACAUCGCCAAGGAAAGAUCCGAAUACUCUAAAUAUUGAACAUCUCUCCCAUUCCGACCAAACUAACAUGACGACACAAUCGACUUCACGUUUUGAACAACUGACACGAAGCAGAUUCCAACCGGGUGACGUCACCACAUGGCAGAUAGGCUCAACGGCGUCUCAGCGCAGAGAUUGGCCAGCCACGGCCUCGGGGAAAGGCGAAGACUUCGGAAACAGCUUUCUGUCACUGUCACAAACUUCCGAAGAGCCCACAUUUUCAGAAACAACUUCGGGGGAAUCCUCAGGGUCGAGCAAUAUAGAACACAACGGUACAAAUGAAACGUC